AUACCAGCAGCAGGGCGACCGCCUCCAGGUGGAAAACUUCAAGCUGUCAGAUGAGCUGGAGGCCUCGAAGCUGAACCUGAGGGACAUCAAUGAGUUUCUCACCAACGAGCUCAAGGCGCGCACCGCCGCGAACGCCGCGCUCGACGAGCGCGUCGCGCAGAUGGCGGCGCAGCUGGAGGCGGCGCGCAAGGAUUGCGAG